CAGGACACUCCUAAUACCGCAGCCGGUCUCCUUCACACGAGCAUCGCCCUGCAACCCCGCUCGUCGCGCGCCAGCCUUCCUCUCACCACCUCGACACGCUCGACCGACGCACACCUACCCUUCUAAUGACAUCCACCUCCACGAACGCGCAAAACCCGCCCACCGUCGCCGCCUCCAAGCCUUCUGCCCCCGCGAACUCGUCCUCGUCUGGAUCGUCCGCCGUGGCCGCUGGUCAGGCCGCGCCCACUGCACGCAGCUCGUACGCCAACGCGACCAAAUCUCCCCCGAUCGCGAACAGCGCCGCGCCUGUUGUGGUGGGUGGUAGCAGCAAUGGCAAGAGCAUCUCCCCGGUGAAUGGCAACUCCAUCAAGCCCGCAGUCCCCGCCAUGGGCCCCACCAUCGCCAACGGCGCCGCUUCACAGGGCGAUCACAGCCGCAAGUCCUCGGUGACCAUUAGCGCCGCCGGCACCAGUGGCUACAUUCCCAACGGAGGCCCAGUCCCCAACUCGCGCGCCCCCUCGAACCUCACUUUCGGAUCUAUCGCUGGCUCCCCUGCGCCCGCACACGCCGUGCCGCACCCGCAGGGACAGAAUCUGAACCCGCAGCCAUCGAACCCGCGUGUCGCGUCGCCCGCGCACUCGCCCUCGCCCAUCCCUACGCCCAUAUCGAGCGGCGGCAAGCCUGAUAACCUACCCACUCGCCCGAACCUUGUGUUUGGCGGUGGUAACGAGGCCGAUCCCAGCGCACGCAACAUUUCACUGCCUCCGCAGCCAAACUCCCUGCCCCAAGCGCAGCACUUGCGCCGCGAGUCUUCACAGUCUGCGCACAGUGACAUGAGCAACCCGAACAUGAACCGAGGGUUUGCCCCGAACGGCGGCCGCGGUCGUGGCUAUAAUAACUACCCGCCCAUGCAGCAGCACCAGCACCCCAGUGCCUCGCCACAACCCUUCCGCGCAAUGCCUAACCAGCCUCGCGGUCCCCAUAUGGCUCCUGCAUUCCAACCGCAAAUGCAGCCCAAUUCUCCUUACCGCGCCAAUAGAUCGCCCGCCAUCACGCCAGCGGCGAUCCACCAGCAAGCUAACUACAGCGGUUACGGCUACAACCCACAGCAGCCUUACGCUCAGCCGGCCAUGUACGGUCCACCUCAGGGUCUGGACCCAUACAACGGUUACUACGGCCAGAACUUCCCUGGUCAGAACUAUGGAAUGCCCCAGGGAAUGCACUAUCCAGGCGUCCCAGCAUCACCAGGACGUGGUGGUUACCCGCAACAGGCCUAUCCUGUGCCUGGUUACGGUCAGCCCCCGCAAGCCCAGGGCAUGUCGCGCACGCCAUCGAAUAUGUCGGAACGACCGCCGUCUGCUGCUCAACAGCCAUCGACGCCUGCCAUGACUAACGUGAGCCACGUCUCCCAGACACCGAGUGCUCCGUCAGGCAGCCCAGCUCCGGGUUCUUCGUUCUCCAUCCCGCCAAAGACUAAGAGCAAGGCGAUUGUGAUCAAGACGGCCGACGGCCAAGUCGUUGACUUUAACACCAGCAAGAAGCCCGCGUCACCAGCUCAACCUCCAGCGCCCUCUAAAUCUCCUGCCAUUGUUGCUACCCCCACGCCUCCGCCCCGUCCCGAGUCUACGCAUAGUCGUGCUGAGAGCGUGGCUGCGAAGUCCGCCAGCGACGUAAAGGCUGACUUCAUCAAACAAUUCCAGCAGCAACUCCAAGGCAAGGACGAAGACAAGAAGAAGGAAGCCGAGGCGAAGGAAGCCGAAGAGAAGGCCCAGAAGGAGAAAGAGGAGAAGGAGCAGGCCGAAGCAGCGGCCAAGGCGCAAGCCGAAAAGGAAGCUCAAGAAAAGGAGGCCGCGGAAGCCGCUGCCAAGAACGAAGAAGAAGAGGCCAAGCGCAAGGCAGAGGAAGAGCAGCGCAAGGCAGACGAGGAGAUGGAGCGCAUGAUCGAGGAAAUGGAACGCGCAGAGAAAGAAGAGGAGGAGCGUGAGCGCAAGUUUGCCGAGGAGAAAAAGAAGAAGCUCGAAGCCGAGAAAGCCCGCGAGGCCGAGAAGGCGAAGGAGGCAGACGAGCGCAUGAAGCAGGCUGAGCGUGAGGCUGAAGAGCGUGAAGCCGCGAAGGAGGCCGAGACACCCGAACAAAAGGCAGAGCGCGAGAAGGCUAACCGUGAGGCGUUCGCUAGCCUCAAGAAGAACACCAUGUUUGGACCCGCUGCCACCCAGGCCGAGGAGGAAGCCCCCGCGCCACCAGCUGAGCCCACGGUUACUCCCCCCACGCAAACCAAGUCAGCUGGAGCAAGCAAGCCAAAACCCGCACACCUCAAGUUGGAGACUACAAAGGCCAUCGAGCCGCCUGCGCCCACGCCCGGUAUGAUGUCGCUCAAGUCGGCCCGCUUCCUUCAGGUACAAAGCGAGCUCGUCAAGUACCCCGAGGGCGUCCUCUCUCCCAACCCGGCGCUCAACAUGGGUACGAAGUCCAAGGGCAAGGUGUACGAGCCCUCAUUCUUGCUGCAAUUCCAGGAUGUCUUCAAGGAGAAGCCCUCUGUGGACUGGGACAUGAAGCUCAAGGAGACUGUGGGCGACUCCUCCGAGUCUGCCGGUCCCAAGUCUGCUCGUGGUGCUCCGUCAGGCAUGGGUAGUCGGCAGCCAUCACGUAGUGGCCUGGGUGGCCCUAUGGGCAGUUUCACAGGCUCUUUCCCCACUGGCCGUACCCUGCCACCUGGCACUACCUCUGCACAGCGUUUCGAGGCGGCACAGCGAGGCGGAGGCCCAAUGACCAAUCCCCUUGCACAAUUGGUCGGACCUCCUCGUGCUGGCGGUGGGUUCCCCGUGCAGAUGGCACGCACUUCGUCUUUCCAGAACAUGGCGCCCAACUCCCCCCGUGUUGGUAGCUCUCGUGGACGCGGCAGCCGUCGUGGAGACAAGCCCGCGAACAAGAAGGAGGAAGCUGCAAUGCCGCUCACUGCUGGUAUGGACCUCAAGCCUCUUGAGAAAUCCACCACAGGUUGGCAGCCGCACUCUAAGACCCAGCAAGCUGCUGCUCAGCUGGCUGCAGGCCACCUUGCUCCCGACAUGGUCCAGCGUAAGGUCAAGGCUGCUCUCAACAAAUUGACUCCCGAGAAGUUCGACAAGAUCUCUGACCAGAUACUUGAAAUUGCCGGACAGAGCAAGAACGAGGAUGACGGCCGCACACUUCGACAGGUUAUUCAACUGACGUUUGAGAAAGCUUGUGAUGAGCAGCAUUGGUCUUCCAUGUACGCUAAGUUCUGCUUCAAGAUGCUCAACACUAUGGAUCCCGCGAUUCGCGACGAGAACGUCAAGGACAAGCACGGCCAACCUGUCGUUGGAGGUGCCCUGUUCAGGAAGUACCUCCUCAACCGCUGCCAAGAAGAGUUCGAGAAGGGUUGGGAGGUCAAUUUGCCUGUCAAGCCCGACGGCGAUAAGCAAGAGGAAGUCAUGCUCUCGGAGGAGUACUAUAUUGCUGCCGCUGCCAAGCGUAAGGGUCUCGGUCUCAUCCAGUUCAUCGGUGAGCUGUACAAGCUCAACAUGCUUACCUUGCGCAUCAUGCACGAGUGUGUGCUCAAGCUCCUCGACUUUGAGGGUCUUCCCGAUGAGUCCGCAAUCGAGAGCUUGGUCAAGUUGCUCCGCACUGUUGGUGCGACCAUGUCGACAGCCGACGCCGGACCAAAGAUGUUGUCGGUAUACUUUGAGCGAGUGGAAAAGAUCAUGAACAUGGAGGCACUGCCAUCGCGUCUCAAGUUCAUGUUGCUCGACCUUGUUGAUCUCCGAAAGGCGAACUGGCGCGACAAGCAAGCCGACAAGGGACCAAAGACCAUUCAGCAGAUCCACGCCGAGGCUGCAGCCGCUCAGCAGGCCGCCGCUCAAUCAGCUGCCAACAAUCGUGGUGGUCGCCUUCCACAAGGCCGCGGUGAUGCUCGUUCAUUCUCUGGAGGUGGAAUCCCACCUCCCCAGGACUUCGGCAGCCGCGUCGCAAUGGACGAUCUGCGCAAGUUGACCAAGGGCUCAUCUGGCCGCAACAGCAGCGGCAUUGGUCCUUCCAUGCUCGGUGGACGCUCUGGUAGUGGCCGACGUGGUCUUGGUCCUGGAGGAGCCUUUGGAGCAGGUGCUGAUUCGGGGGCUUCGUCCCGAACAGCUACACCUCCCGUCCAGAAGGAGAAGGAGUCCACAUCCCACGCAAACUCGUUCAGUGCACUCAUGGCUCUUGACAACGAAGGUGCGGAAGAGGUCAGCUCUCCGCCUCCGGCCACGUCUCCCCAACCGUCGAAGGCAGCGCCUGGUGCUUCUGCCACCGACGCCAAGCCAUCCGAAUAGUCUCACACCUAUGGUGACCUUCGGCCGUUCUUCGACCGCGUGCGAUCACACCUAUACCCUUAGACGUCGUCGCACGCGAUAAUUUAAUCUUGUGUUGCAUAGACGGGGCAUCUUCUGCGCGCAUUGUUCUGCAUUUGCGGGGUUUCCACUUCGGCAUCAUGAAGGAUACAAAAGUUUUCAAGUUGUUGGGUCGGCAUUCAAAAGAACUAGGUGAGGAACAAGAUUCUGAGUUCUACCUAGCAU